AUGGCUACUCUCAAAGGACCAGGCGCGCCCAAGAGCUACGACGGAUCCGGACUGCGAAUCGGCAUCGUUCACGCGCGGUGGAACUCUACAAUUAUCGAUGCGCUGCUCGACGGCGCGAAGAAGGCGCUUGCCGACGCGGGCGUGAGGGAGGAGAACAUUGUCAUCCAGAGCGUGCCCGGAAGCUACGAGCUGCCCUACGCCGUGAAGCAAAUGUACUCCGCCUCGCAAGUCCAGUCCUCCUCGACCGGCGUCGUGGGUGCUGCCGCCGACCUCCUAGGCUCCGCGUCCGACCUCACUCAGUUCGCGAGCAGCUCGCAACCUAAGGAUUCACUGCUCAAGACCCCCUUCGACGCCAUUAUCGCUAUCGGCGUGCUCAUCAAGGGCGAGACGAUGCACUUCGAGUACAUAGCGGACGCGGUGAGCCACGGGUUGAUGAGGAUACAGCUAGAGGGCAAUGUGCCGGUAGUGUUUGGCCUGCUGACGCUGUUGAACGAGGAGCAGGGAUUGCAGCGGGCGGGGAUUGCUGGGCAGGGGAAGAAUGAGGGACAUAAUCAUGGGAGUGAUUGGGGAAGUGCGGCGGUGGAGUUGGGGGCUAAGCGGAAGGGGUGGGUUGAGGGGAAGAUAAUUGACUAG